AUGGGAAAGGACUUGAUUUCUUCCGACCAGAACGCUGUUCAAAUUCAGGACAAUAAUCCAGGAUGCAUGUGGGGCAUGCUUAAAAUUCUUGAUUACCAUCGUUGGCGCGUAAAAAAGGUGUUUCCUCACAAAAGGAGAAGACAUGCCACAUAUAAGAGAAAAACCAUUUUGUAUAACCAACUUGAAGACCAACAAGAUGGAGUUACAGAAGCAGAACCCCUCCUGGUCAGACAACAUAGCGAAAAAUUGCGUGCUGCAGGCAAAAGUUCUCCCAAAAAUAGCCAAAAGGAAACACGCACUGGGAAAAAGUUUAACAACGAAAACUCCAAAGGCAGUGGUACCAUGGACUGCUCAAGGAAAAACCAGACCAGUAGUGACUAUGCACUUCAUCUGGAAAAAUAUGGCAAGACAACAGAAGCCUCCCUUGGCCGUAAGACUAUGGAAACAAACAAGCAUAAUAGAGACAUUUCCCGUAAAUUUGAGAAACAUACUGAUGUUUUUGAGUUACUUAGGGUGGAGAAGGAUUUAUUACUCAAAUUUCUUCGAGACAUAGACUUUAGUGAGAAAAAUCUCCAUCAACCUUCCCACAACAAAGCAAGAUUGACAAAAUGUGGGUCAUUUCCUUUAGCCUCAACUUCACAGAUGAGAAACAUUAGCUCUAGUUCCUUAAAACACAAGCAAAACGAAAUUUAUCCAAAGGGAGAAAAAUUGUUUGCUGGUACCCAAGAAUCAGACAUGUCGGUGUCUAGUUUUGUGAAAGAUAUUUCUUAUGAGAAGCCCGUAACUUUAGUUAGUGAUCUUGGUGUGGAUAGUCCCAUGAAACAAAAGGCAAUCAUUUCUUCAAGGUCUUCUCACGGAUCAAAUCACAAAGGGUGGAACCAAUUGGUUGUCAAUCAAUUCAAAGCUAUAAAACAGAAGAUAAAACUUGCUCUUGUGGAAUUCAGAAAAAGUGGUUACCAAACCUCUGGUCAAGCUAUCCGCCACAGAGCUUCACCUGAAUAUAGCGUCAUCAGUAAUGAGGAAGAGAUAUCACAAACAUCAGAAGAUGGCGCGGUUCAACAAUACAAAAGGAGUAAAAGCUCCAAUGCAGCUAAAGCUUCUGAUUAUAAUUCCAACAAACAUGAAGCUCGGCUCAUGCGAAGAACAUCUUCUCUGAAUGAAUCAAUGGAUAGAUAUACUCAGUUGUUUGAGAAAAGCUUCAGCAAAGAGGCUAAGUGGAAAAGCUCAAAGUCCAAAAGCUUAAAAUUGACAAACGAGGAUAGGAUCCACAAGAGUGCGCAUGUUCCUAAGUUUUCAAGAAGCAAUUUGUCUAUGCCUAAUCUCGAGACUUUAGGCUUCAUUCUACAAGAGGCACUUUUUGAUACAAAUGAUGUAUGGAAUACAGUGGAAACUUAUAAUCGUGUUCAUAGAAAAUCAGUGAGUCUUCCUUUAAAGAUGGACAAAUCACUUGAUCAUUUUAAAGAGGCUGAAAUUGUAGAAAUAGUAGAGGAAAGUGACAAAGAUGUUAAUCCCAAUCUUCUAUCUGAUAAGAUUUUGGAGAAAAUUGAUGAAGAAGUUACCUGUGACCAAAAGGAGGAAAUGCAUGAGCCAGCAGUGGAGGAUGGAAGUUUUAGCCAAGAAAAAGAAGACAUGAGUAAUAUGACUGCUUAUCUUAGCAAGGAGGUGAUGACAACUCUUGAAACUAGCUUUAAGGAUAAUAUAUCCAGCCAUGCAGAAGGUACAGAAGUGAAUACCCUAGUCUCUGCAUUGGACGAAUUGGAAACUGAUUUAUCAGAUAAAGGAAGUGUAUGGCCAGACUCUUCAUCCAACAGAAAUGCUGGUGUGAUAACAGCUGAAGACGCACACUACCCUUCCAAUUUCAAAUAUGUGAAAAAUGUUCUUGAAAUUUCGGGCUUCUUGGGAAAUGAGCACAGUCAGAUGCGAUACACAAUAGACCAGCCUCUAAAGCCCUCAUUGUUCAAAGAUUUGGAUACGAGCUUGCGCCAUGAAAUUGGACCCUCUGAAGAAGAGACAAUCAACCCUUAUGAUCACCAACUCCUUUUUAACUUAGUGAACGAGGUGAUGCUUGAAAUUUAUGGAAGGUCACCAACUUACUUCCCAAGACCAUUCUCCUUCAACCCCCGCCUCCAUCCAAUGCCUAAGGGGCACUACCUUCUGAAUGAAGUGUGGACUAGUGUUAAUUCAUACCUGACCUUAAGACCUGAGCUAGAUCAGACACUAGAUGAUGUUGUGGGUCGUGAUUUGGCAAAAGGAAGAGGGUGGAUGAUCCUUCAGGAGGAAGAGGAGUGUGUAGCACUUGAACUAGAAGAGAUGAUCAUAGAUGAUUUGUUAGAUGAAUUAAUCUUCUCAUGA